AUGGUGUUUCCGGAACCAAUCCCUACCAAUGUUGAUUUACAAGCUAUCUUUAGUGCACAGAACCAGUUUACUUCCAUUGAAGAUGUAAAUCGAGUGGUGCAUCGGUUGAUUCGUGAUAUUUCCGAACAAGGCAGAUAUACUGGAACUGGAUGUAUUCAGGAAGAGUUGUUUCUGAUUGAACUCCGGACUGAGUCUCGACUGCUUGGCCCUAUUGUCACUCUGCCGGCCGUGUUCGAGAUAUGUCACAUUAAUCACUUCGAUCCUCGCGUGAUUGAGGCUUUCACACAGGGACAAGGUCCCACUAAUCUGUGCAUGACCAACGAGGAUCUGUUGCAACUCAUGUACGAGUCAGUAGCCAGUCCACUUGGUGGGAAUCGGUUUUCGUUCAUCACGNACGUACCAUCCACAUUGAGUCGUGAUCAGACUUCCGCGUAUAAUAUCUCGCACCUAGCCCCGUUCGGGAUCCGUAUCAAUGGGUUUUCUGCGUUGAUUAAGGCAAUGAUUUCUAUGCUCCGUCCGGAAAAUCUAACAAAGGUGAACCAGGUAGCGGAAAACCGUCUUAACCAAGAAGUACGUCACCUGUACGAACAAUUCUCGGCAGACUUCUUCAGCCCUUCCUCCUUGGAGUGGUGGAAGAGCAAACCAGUGAAUGUACUGAAGAAAUUGGCUCAAUGCGCAACUUCACUGCACGCAGCAUUACAACAAUGGGCUGAAUCGCGUGGCUGUACUUGGCCCAGUGGUUACUUAGAUUCUUAUCUUCUGUUCGGUGAAUUUGUCGAACGAGUGGCUGAUCGGGGCCCAUUUCGACAUGUUCUGCGCCUAGUCGUUUCACUUGUCAAUCGUGGUCUACCUCGAUUCGAACAAUUGGUUGCUGAAAUCAAUCGAUUUGCUAUAGUAGAUUCAAGUGCUCCACCGGUUGUGGUCGACCUCACUGAUUCCCCUAGCGCGCCCAUCAACCCUGAGGAAAUGGACGACCCUGACGGAACAUACGCUAAAUUUCUCGUCGACCUGGUUAAGGAGUUCAACGUAGUCAUUGAACAGGAUGACGGUGCGGAUGGCAUUUGGAAAGCACUUGCCGAUUUGGAACAACGUUGGCUCCAACAAGAUCACAAUUCCGGUUCAACGGAUUCCCCACGCACUCUGAUCCGAUGGUUAUCAGAUGCCGCACAACAAUCGGUUCCUGAGUUAGAAAAGACUCUCAAACCGCGAUUACCCGACAAGGAUCAGUCAGCGCAGGAAGCACCGUCAACGUCGACCACCUUACCGGAUCCAUCGAGCUUCGAUCCGGACAGCGUGUUCUGCGAUCAAUACAAUCUGAUCGCUGUGCGGAUCCUAGGAGGAGACGCUCACUUUGGUGGACUGCUACGUCUGACCGCGUCAGCGUCGGUGUCUGAUGUGAAUAUACUAUUUUCUCGUUGGAGUGAUGAUCGUUCCCUGGAUACCGCACGUUCUCUGUGUGAUAUGAUGAUUGGCAGUUUGUUGAAGGUCAACGGGAUGUCUGCCCCACAAUUGAUCCAAACCAUUGCGAAGCGCUUGUCGGCCCAGGUUCCAGUUCUUCUCCCACGUACGAUCGUCGCCUCUUCAAAAGACGAAGAAACCUGGACUGAUGGGGUAACCUACCAGUGGUCCACCAACCCGGUUAUAGCCCCGAAUGUCGGAUUUUCGUCCUCUCACUUUGGUGGGAAAACACCUCCGUCACUUACAGGCAGUACACCAAACUGGCGUGCACUGGCUCGAGAUUUGCAUUUCUGUUGUCCGACCUCCCUUCUUGGACCGUUGUUCGAAAAGUUUCUCGUACCAUGUCUGGAAGAGAUCGGUGUACGACCUUCAUCCUCUUGGCCUGAGGAUGUGCCAGAUAUCGUCUCAAUGGAUAUCGGCCCUAAACCCGUCACAUACCUGGAUCAACUGUUUCGCGUUCCCUCGGUUUCAAACUCUGAGCUAUCUCUCCUUGUUUCAUCUAUCGGAAAUCUCGGUUUGGAACUUGGUUGGCCAGAGUUCGUGCGCUUUUUCGAAUCACAUCGUUUGCACCCUCCGUCCAAAGAGGUGAAUGCGCCCGUCAGUGACAAGAAAAGUGAUGAUUCAUCAUCGAAUCUGACAACGAUUGUAGAGAAAACCACGUCAUCGGCUGUGGAUUCACAAUUGUCUGUGAAUGAACAGUCACCAAAACAACUUGAUACUCAGACAACCGUGCAACCUGUGCCCGUACAAUGUACUGCAGCGGAUAAUUUGUCCCUCAUCACUUGCUCAUCAAGACGAGAAUUCAUUCAAGAGCUGCGAAGACGCGAAUUCGGUUGCGGAGCGAAUUUGGAUGACGAGGCAGCUGAUCUUGUCCGACGCAUGGAGGGGAAAUUGGCGCGAAGUCUUGUCCAGUUGUCUGAAGACUUGUAUGGUGCACCGGGACACUUUCUCCUCGAACUAAUCCAAAACGCAGAUGACAAUCAGUACGUUACUGAGCUAUUAGACCAAACUGAACAGUUACCUACCUUGGAGUUCUGUGCUGUUUUGCAUCCUCAUUCCUCAGUCGAACCGAAAUCCGCAUUACUGAUCAUGAACAAUGAGGCAGUGGGGUUCACGGAAAACGAUAUUGCGUCUUUGUGUGAUGUGGGUGUGAGCACCAAGGUGCAAGAUCGUGACUCAAAAACUGGUCGCAAGGGAAUUGGAUUCAAGUCCGUGUUCAAUGUGACUGAUGCACCGGAAGUUCAUUCAAACGGAUUCCAUGUACGCUUUCAUCGCCAAUCUCGCGAAUCCACUCUAGAUCCAUCUGCACCGGGAGCUCUACCGGUUUCACUUCUGAUCCCCGAAUGGUGCGCUUCAUCCGGUACCCAUCCUUCCCCUCUUCCGACGCGUUCGUGGCCGUUGCCUUGCCAAAUCCCUGCUUGGUGUACCACCUUGUUCGUGUUACCCCUCACAGCCAAAUCCAAUGCGCCGGGGCUCCAAUUGUCUGCAGUCAUUCAGCUGACUCGUGAGACCCUUGUGCCCAGUGUGAUGUUGUUUUUGCGGCGUUUGCGUUGUCUAACUUUCUCAUGCGCGUCCGAGACAACUGAGUCGGGUUCCACGAAUUCGCGCAACAAGUUACUAUCUCUCACACGAUACACACGUCCCCUGAGUUUGAGUAAUGCAGAUCGAUUUGCGGAGCUCAUCACCGUGGUUGAACGAGAAUGGGAUCAUUCUAAACCGGACAACAAGGAGACUGAAACGAGUCAUCGAUGGUACUGUUACCGGGAGCGUGUUCGAACAGAAGAAUUUCGCGGUUUGAAAGUAAGUUUGAUCACAUUACAAACGCGCACUUACCCGAUGCCAUUAGGCUGCAUCGAUCGGACACAGCGUAUCAUAAGAUGA